UAAAGCACGGGUGUCAAACUGGCAGUCCUCCAGCUGUUGCCAAACUACAAGUCCCAUGAGGCAUUGCAAGACUGACAGUUACAAGCAUGACUCCCAAAGGCAGAGGCAUGAUGGGACUUGUAGUUUUGCAACAGCUGGAGGGCCACCAGCUUGAAACCAGUGCUGUAAAGCAUUGCACAGUGACCAGCAGAUCACUGGUGCCACGCAGUCCCAUGAGGCAUUGCAAGGCUGACAGUUAAAAGUUUGACUCCCAAAGGCAGAGGCAUGAUGGGACUUGUAGUUCUGCAAUAACUGGAGGGCCACAGGUUGGGCACCCAUGGCCUAAAGC